AUGGACUUGACUACCAUUCUUGAGAAGACAGUCUCGCCAGACAAAAAUGAAUUGGAGGCAGCGCAGAGGUACUUGGAACAAGCCGCCCAGACCAAUCUGGCGGAGUUCCUUCGCUCCCUUUCGGAGGUUCUUCAAGGGGCGAACAACAGCCCUGUGGCCCGAAUGGCUGCAGGUCUUCAGAUCAAGAACAGUCUCACAUCCAAGGACAAUGAAUUGAGGACGCAGUACCAGCAGCGUUGGCUAUCCUUUCCCCAGGAGGCCCGCAUGUACAUCAAGAAUAAUAUUCUGAGUGCUCUCGGCACAGAGACAAUUCGCCCAAGCUCGGCAGCACAGUGUGUGGCUUAUGUUGCUGUGGCUGAACUACCUCAGAUGCAAUGGCCAGAUCUUAUACAAGUGCUGACAAACAAUGCAACUAACCCAGCUUCAACAGAAAUGCUUCGAGAGGCCACAUUGGAAGCAAUUGGUUAUAUCUGCCAGGACAUUGAACCAGAGGUGUUGUUGGGCCAAAGCAAUGACAUCUUGACAGCGAUUGUUCAUGGAAUGCGCAAGGACGAGCCAUCGGAGCAUGUCAAGCUUGCAGCAACCACUGCUUUGCUCAAUUCUUUGGAGUUCACGAGAGCCAACUUUGAGAAGGACUCCGAAAGGCAUUUCAUUAUGCAGGUAGUGUGUGAAGCAACUCAGUCAAGCAACACACAGGUGCGAGUCGCUGCUCUACAGUGCCUUGUGAAGAUUAUGUCAUUGUACUACCAGUACAUGGAGCACUACAUGGGGCCUGCCCUUUUUGCUAUCACUAUGGAGGCAAUGAAGAGUGAUAUCGAUGAAGUAGCGUUGCAGGGCAUCGAAUUCUGGUCAAAUGUCUGUGAAGAGGAAGUGGACCUCUCUAUUGAAGCCUCCGAAGCAAGUGAGCAAGGUCGCCCUCCAGCCAGAACAUCUCGCUUCUAUGCCAAAGGGGCCCUGCAGUACCUGGUGCCCAUUUUAGUGCAGACACUCACCAAACAGGAGGAGCAUGAUGAUGAGGAUGACUGGAACCCAUGCAAAGCAGCUGGUGUCUGCCUUAUGCUGAUGGCCAGCUGUUGCGAGGACGAUAUGAUUUCCCACAGCCUGCCUUUUGUACGGGAGCACAUCAAGCAUCCCGACUGGAGGUAUCGAGACGCUGCAGUCAUGACAUUCGGCUGCUUGCUGGAAGGACCUGACCCGGCCAUCUUGAAGCCUCUCGUGGAGCAGGCAAUGCCCACACUGAUUGAGCUUAUGUGCGACCAAAGUGUGGUGGUGCGUGACACAGUGGCCUGGACUAUUGGACGUGUUUGUGAGAUCAUCCCUGAGGCAGUAGUUGCAGAGAACUACCUGGGUCCUUUGCUCCAGGCAUUGGUGAAAGGACUGGGUGCAGAACCUCGAGUUGCUGCCAACGUCUGCUGGGCUUUCAACAGCUUGGCUGAGGCAGCAUUUGAAGCUGCUGACACUCCUGGUGAUGGAUCAGAGCCAGAAACUUACUGCCUGUCAGAAUACUUUGAAGUUAUUGUGUCAAAGCUUUUGGAAACAACAGAAAGGGCUGACGGGGGCCAGGCGAAUCUCCGAAGUGCGGCGUACGAGGCCCUUAUGGAGCUCGUGAAGAACUCUCCACGUGACUGCUAUGUGUGGGUGCAGCGUACAACAAUGAUCAUCUUGGAGCGGCUGCAGCAUGUGCUUGCCCUAGAGGGCCACAUCCAGAGCAGCUCCGACCGGGCUCAGUACAACGACCUGCAGUCACUGCUGUGUGCCACACUGCAGAGCGUGCUGCGCAAGAUGACCCUGGAGGAUGCUCCGAAGAUCUCGGAUGCUGUUGUUGCGGCCCUGCUGCAAAUGUUCAGUUCAAGCAGUGGUCGUGCGGGGGGAGGCGUGCAGGAGGAUGCACUCAUGGCGGCCUCUACUCUUGUUGAAGUUCUGGGUGACAAGUUUGUCAAGUACAUGGAAGCGUUCCGGCCAUUCCUUGCCAUCGGUCUGAAGAACCAUGCGGAAUAUCAGGUGUGCUCAGCUGCUGUGGGUCUGACAGGUGACAUCUGCAGGGCUUUGGGAUCUCAGGUCCUCCCUUUCUGUGAUGACGUAAUGACAAUGCUGCUGGAGAACUUAGGGAACAAUAAUGUGCAUCGCUCAGUGAAGCCUCAGAUCCUCUCAGUAUUUGGUGAUAUUGCCCUGGCCAUUGGACCAGAGUUCAAGAAAUUCCUUGAGAUUGUACUUCAAACAUUGGCUCAAGCCUCUGUGGCUUAUGUUGACAAGCAUGACUAUGAGAUGGUAGAAUACCUGAAUGAGUUGCGGGAAGGCUGCUUAGAAGCUUACACAGGCAUUGUUCAAGGACUCAAGGGAGACCAGAAUUCUCCAAAUGCUGAUGUUCAACUGCUGCUGCCACAUGUGCCACAUAUUAUAAACUUUAUCUCUUCAAUUGCCAUUGACAGUGACCAUUCAGAUACCAACAUCGCCUCGUGUGCUGGACUCAUUGGGGACCUGUGCACAGCAUUUGGUGUUCAAAUGCUUCCCCUUGUCGACACUGAAGCUAUCAGUGAGUUGCUGAGCCAAGGUCGGCGUUCCAAGACCACAAAGACAAAGACACUGGCCUCUUGGGCCACCAAGGAGAUCAAGAAGCUCAAGGGGAGCGCUUCAUGAUAAGUGCCACGUUUGGGCAUGCCACUGUGGGUCCCCCAGGAGGGUGCGUGCCUGGCACUCGUGUCACCCCUGCCUGGAGUGGCGGCCCCGUCUCUUCUCUCUGUCUCAAAUCCGUGGCUGAAAAAGUGCGACGCAAGUGCAGUGCAUGGUUGAUGGGUGUGUGCGGAGGCUGCUCUGGGACACACUACUGCCUCCCCUCCCACCUACAGCAGAUGGCGCCAGGGAAAAGGGGGGCUCCGGGACACAUGUUGGCCACACAAGGAGGACGAGGAGUCCCUCCUGACAGCUGCUCUCUUCUAGACCUUUCUAUGCUGCCCACCAGCCUCUGCCUUUCCACCGCCAUCCCCCCUCUUUAUUUUUUGUUGUGUUACUGCCAUUUAACCAAUACUUCUUGUUUUCGUAAAUGCAGGACUGUGUACAUUACAGUACCCUUCAAAGCUGCUCACUCAACUCAAGUAGCCGGCCAUGUUGUGCUUUUCCUUCUGCUGCUGGUGUGAUUGCAUUCCUCUGUCAGCAGGGAAGUAGAACGCCCUCUGAAACAUGGAAGGUUUCAAAUAGUUCCUGAUCUGAAAUUAUGCACAUUGAGCGAAUGGCUAAACAAGGUCUAGCCAACAUGGUGUAGCCAUUGGUGCAGGAAGGGUGCAACAUGUGCAGGCUAUGGAGGGUGCGUGGCGGUGGUGAGGGAAAAUAUUUCCUACUUCUGAUGGAGACAAUAGUCACUAUUGCUCCUUCACCAAAGAGAGGAAGGGGGGGGGAAAUAAUAAAAUAAAAAAUACUGCUCAGAGUCACAAACGAGCAGUGACACCAGGGUGUUUAUCCUUGCAGCAGUGUGUAACCACCUUCCGGGCAGCUUGAAUGGUGCGCACAUGCAAGUAGUGUGUGUGGUAAGUCAGGCCAUCCUUAUGUUGCUUGCAACAUUCCCUUUCUUGCCCUCUCAGAGCAUCUACGUGUUCAGCUUAGUGUUGCUUUGCUCCUUGUCCGAAGUGUGUGUUCUUUCUAAAUCAGCUUCAAAGCACUCUAGCUUAUGUUUCUAGUUUGCAUUUUGUUGAGUAGCUCAGGGGAAACAAAGUAAUGUAAUGAUGAGUCAAUUUGGCAAGUGCCUUAACCGAGAUGCCAUAGGCAAGAGUCUUAACAGUGUUAUCAUAAUUACAGAUUAGGCAUAUUACAAAGAAACAUAUUGGCAGAUUUAUUGCAUGAUUUUCUUGUAAUUGGGCUUUUCUUUGGUGCUGAGCACUGUUUUAGUUUCACAAUCGUGUUUGAAGCCCAUCAUUUCCAGCAUGUCACCUUUUUGAAUCUUUGUGAAUUGUCUCCCCCGUGGUUCACCUUGACGAUCUUAUUUCUCCAAUUUGCGACUUCUGUGUAUUUUACUUGCUCUGUUUUCUAUCACUUUCUAGAUAACCCUUCCUGCUCGUCCCUUUUCCCUGUGUGCUUGGGCAAUUAGUUCUAUUUUUAUUUGUACAGUGUUUGUAUUGAAGAGAGGAGGAAAAAAAAACUGACAGCAUUGGUUGUUUGAAAGAAGUCUUUGUGCCCCACGAAAUCUUGUGCAUAUGGGGUGGUUGAACAACUGUUGGCAUACUGGCCCUUGCCAUUCCAACCUCCCUUCUUGGCAGAAAUAAAAAAGAAAGGAUGGAGUCAGUAUCGUUUACUA